AGCAUGGUCAUGUCGACCAGCCCCUGGUUUUCUUUCAAUCCACCAUGGCUAGCUUGCAAAGGCAGCAUAACACUCUCAAUAAAAUCAUUGAGCACACAUCAAUAAAGUUUAUUUGUCCAGAAUGCCUUCGAGGAUUCCCGCGCGCCUAUCUAUUAUACCGCCAUUUUCGAGAGCAGCAGGACGACACCCAUAAGGGCCUCAGCAUGAGAAACACGGACCAUCAACCUUCCUUUUAUAUUAUCGAAAGGCCCUCAAGGCCUCCAUCCCUGCAGAGCAGCUGCCAAAGGAUUCAAAAUGCUUUGAACUUGCAUAUAUUGUUGAGCAUUAUGAGGAGGAUGCUGAGACGCAUGAGCAUAUAACUCCGAAUACAGCCACUUAUAGUCAAACUGCCAGUUAGUGAUUUUUUCCCAAUACGGUUGAUGUCCAAACAGAACUGAUGUCACGCUCUAACGCAUAUAUUUCUUUUUCAAGUGUGGUCCCAUCAAGCAGAUUCACUCUUUUAUACAGGUCCAUCUUCCUCGGCUCUGCCUUCCGAUUAUCUACCGCAAGGAGCGAUACUUGACGAAAGCACGGUGUGGAACAACUGGGGAAACGUCAAUCCAGGGGUUGAAGAUGGUUUCAACUGAGAUAGAGUCAAUCGGGAUUGCGGUUGCCGCUCCUUAUUCAAACCUAGCUUGGCCGGUGGAUGGAUGCGUCUUGCUUUUCUUUGAGUGAUUGUAACAUUUCGUAUGUAUAUAUUCACACACUGGUUUAUGAAUUAGCAUAACUCGUGCGGACUUCCACCUUGUUGCUCAACGGUCUAUUUGAGGCAUCCUCAAUUCAUUCCUCGACUGUGAUAAGUGUAAAACCAAAGUAAGGAACGAACACACUUGACCCUGACUGACAAGUCUCAAAGCACUCUGAUUGGCUUUGGCCGGAGGAGAACACAUCGUUUCAUUGGACGGUUUCAGGUGGAGCCAGUGCAUUUCCGCUUGGCUUAAGAGCCAUACCAUAGAAUUAUUUCUAUAACCUACUCGUAUCUGAAUGGUCCAUGAAUGCUGUAUCCUGUUUGCUUCAUAUGGUGCUUAAAAUGCUGAUUAUGUCUGACCUGGAAAGAAAGCUC